UCGAACCUUCGUUCGCCCCCGAUCUUCUUCGUCACCGCCUCCCUCGCGCUCUUCGUGGAUGCCCUAUCAAACCCUAAUCCAUUUUUUACCCCUCCGAAGCACGAAACCUCGAUUUCCCCCAAAUUUGCAGAUACUGCGCACGGAUUCUUCUUCCGAUUCGUUAACAUGGCUGCGAAACUUAUUGCCAACUUAAUUAUAAUGGGCUCUGGAAUAUUGGGAAGAGCUGUUUUACAAGCUUAUCGUAAAGCACUUGAAAAUGCCAAUAAAACCGGUGUUGCGCACGAAGCAAUGAACAACAUCCGCAGAGGUAGCAGAGCUAUGACCGAACAGGAAGCCAGGCAGAUCUUAGGUGUUUCGGAGCAGUCAACAUGGGAAGAAGUCUUGCAGAAGUAUGACACGUUGUUCGAGCGGAAUGCGAAGAGCGGGAGCUUCUAUCUACAGUCAAAGGUUCAUAGAGCAAAAGAGUGCUUAGAAGCUGCAUACCAAAAGGAGGGUACUCAAGAAAGCAGUUGAAAUAAAACCAACUCCUUGGUUGGAUUUCGAUUAGGGCUGUGCAACACUUGUUCGACCCAUGUGACCCGGCCCGGCCCGGCCCGUCCGGCUCGCACAUGACUGGUGAGUUCAAAAUUUGUUGGCUUGCAGAAUCUAUCUUUUGAAUGAAAGCCUUGUGAUACUUAAAAGAGUUCUUGAAGAAAAAAGUUGAUUCUAGAUGUAGGUGAAGUGUUUUGAUCUUUCGUAGACACAACAUAUUGUUACUUACGUAAUCAGUAAGGUUUCGAAAAACAGAUGCAGAACCCUUGAUUAUGUCGGUAUGUCCUGAGAUCUAUGUAUUAUGCUCCAUAUCUAGGACAUAAAUAGGGGACCGCCCUAUGUAUAUAAGUGAAAAAGGCUGUGAACAGAGGGGGAAUGGUUUUAAUGAUGAAUGAAUGGCUCAAUGCAUUGCAUCCUUAUCAUCCUGUUUGUAGCAUUAGCUGCAGCAUUAGUACUAUAGUAGCAGUAGUAAUGAGGUGAAGGGUCCCUUUACUUGAAGCCCACCGUGUCGGCUGUCGGCUGUCGACCGCUCAGCUAUCUGCCGUCCAUCCAAUCACUGUCUAAUGGCGGUUUUCAGACGGAUACGGCAGAUGUCUGAGCGAUCCAUGGUCGACGCAUGAUGACCUUUGAGCAUGGAUGCACACAACACUAUCAUAUGUACUAGCCUGCUGUGAAGCACACUAAUAACAAGUAAAAUUAGGGUUUCUUCGUCAUGAGAUCAAAUUGGUAAUUGUUGUGUCCCUAGGUAAUGUUACAAAAGGAUUAGAUUUGGUUGGAGAGGCAAAUUAUGCACAUUUUGUUUUUUUGGAUGGUAAUAUCUAGGGGGAGUACCUAAUCUUUGAACAAGUUACAAUGAUUACUAAAAUUUUCAUUUAA